AUGGACAGUGACAAGCCCUUGUGUAGUCUUUCACUCACUGUUUUAGAGAGUGGAUUCUUAGCAUUUGCCACGGGAACUGAGUAUUGGUACAUUAUAGACGACAAGGGCCGGAAUCACACUAACCCGGAGCAAUUUCAUUCAGGACUUUGGGGAGUAAGUGAUGGUGUGGCUUCCUCAGAAAACACAUCAGGAUUUACUGAAUGGGAAAAGCAAAUGCAGAGAAUGCAUGAUGUGAUUGUAAACCUGCUGCCUGUCAGUCUGGUGCUGUUAGUGUUUGGGGGCAUAUGUGAUUCUCUGACAUGGAAUAAAACUCUCCUCACAGGAUCUGCUUCCUAUUUUCUCUUUUGCAGUCUUCUCACACUCUCUGGUGUAAGUCUGUACAUCAGCUAUUUCCAGUGGGCCCUGGAGGAAACAGAAAGGAGGACAGGGCCAGAGCAGAUGGCCCUGGUUCACACUUCAUUCGGCUAGUCAAUGGAAAUGGCCUGGCUCUCCUUCAUCUUGGAAGUCAUAACUGGUCUUCUCCUGCUGCUUUCUGCCAGGAUCACCCAAUUAACCCAGUACCAGGAGACUGUGGCCCCUAUAUAA